UCCAAUUAACGUGCUUAUAUUAUACGUUAAUCCGUUAUUAUAAUGUUAAACUAAACACGAAUUGUGAUUGUUAUUUUCAAUAUAAGUAGCAUGUGAAGUUGCACACUUUCUAAUUCUAAUUUCAAACAAACGCUACUGAACUUGCUUUCAACUUUCACUUCACACUAUAAUCCCAAAAUUCUAACAGCAUAUUCCAUCUCUGCAUAACACAAACAGAUCCUUUUGCUUCUUUUCAGAAAGUAUGGGCUUAGUUUGCAGCAGAAAUCGGCGAUACCGGGAUUCUGAUCCUGAAGAAAAUGCACAGGCAGCAGAAAUUGAGAGAAGAAUAGAGUCAGAAACAAAGGCUGAAAAACAUAUUCAGAAACUUCUACUACUAGGUGCGGGAGAGUCCGGGAAAUCUACAAUCUUUAAGCAGAUUAAACUUUUGUUUCAAACUGGCUUUGAUGAGGCUGAGCUAAGAAGCUACACACCAGUCAUUUUUGCUAAUGUAUAUCAGACUAUAAAAGUACUUCAUGAUGGGGCAAAGGAGUUGGCUCAAAACGAUCUUAAUUCUGCAAAGUAUGUUAUAUCCGAUGAGAGCAAGGACAUUGGUGAAAAACUUUCAGAAAUUGGAGGCAGGCUGGACUAUCCACAUCUCACCAAGGAUCUUGCAAAGGAAAUAGAGGCUUUAUGGGAGGAUGCUGCCAUUCAGGAAACAUAUGCCCGUGGUAAUGAACUCCAAGUUCCUGAUUGUACCAAAUAUUUCAUGGAAAAUCUGCAGAGGCUGUCUGAUGCAAAUUACGUUCCUACAAAGGAGGAUGUUUUGUAUGCAAGAGUUCGUACAACUGGUGUUGUGGAGAUCCAGUUCAGCCCUGUUGGAGAAAAUAAGAGAAGUGGUGAAGUCUAUAGACUCUUUGAUGUUGGUGGCCAGAAAAAUGAGAGGAGAAAGUGGAUCCAUCUUUUUGAAGGAGUUACAGCUGUUAUAUUUUGUGCUGCAAUUAGCGAGUAUGAUCAAACACUUUUUGAGGAUGAAAGCAAGAACAGAAUGAUGGAAACUAAGGAACUUUUUGAAUGGAUCCUGAAGCAACCAUGUUUUGAGAAAACAUCCUUCAUGUUAUUUUUGAACAAGUUUGACAUAUUUGAGAAGAAGAUCCUGAAUGUUCCGCUCAACGUAUGUGAAUGGUUCAAAGAUUAUCAGCCAGUUUCAACAGGGAAACAAGAGAUCGAGCACGCAUAUGAGUUUGUGAAGAAAAAGUUUGAGGAAUUGUACUUCCAGAGCUCUGCUCCUGACCGUGUAGACCGUGUCUUCAAGAUCUAUCGGACCACUGCCCUUGAUCAGAAGGUUGUGAAGAAGACUUUCAAGCUUGUUGAUGAGACGUUGAGGCGGAGGAAUCUUUUUGAAGCUGGAUUAUUAUGACCAUGCAACAGUGUGCAUAAGAUAAAAGGGAUAAAUUAUUUUUACAUUGCGGAGGUAUUCAGAUUUUGGGUAUACUAGAGGUCAGGUAUACAAGAGUAUAUAAUCAAUUUAUUGAUUUAUGUCAAGUAAAUGAUGUUGAAUGAGUGGAAUUCUUGAUCACCGCAAAUUAGUUGCGAUGAAAUUUUCAGAGAUGAUAUAAUCUAUGAUGCACAUUUAUAGAUUGAAACUCACUAAUUAUAUCGCAUAUUUUGUAUCCAAUGCUGGUCUUUAAGUAAGGUUUUCAGGCUUGAAUCUUAUGAAUGGAAAGAAUGCAUAGUCAAUGAGAGCCAAGAAAUGAGGUUUCACAGA